GCUAGACGUGCUUCUCAAACUGUGGUGCAAAACAAGGACAUACGACAUUUGGUUCCUCAUGCAUGAUGAUCAGCCUUAUUGCUCAUGCUGGUGCAGUGCCUUUUGGCUACACAAGUGAAAUGGACGAUUGUGAAGUGCAGUGCUUUUCCUACGAUGACCAUAUUAUCGCCUGUGAAACCAUGAGUUGGAUGAAUAGCCGAGCUUCCACCACCGGUCUGCCCCCCCUGCCCGACCUCAUCACGAGCAACACGCCCCCGGCAUCGCCCCUCCGCCGCGCUCACUCCUACCACUUCCUCUUCCCGGAGAAGCCCAGCGCCGCGUCCCGGGCUCGGAGACCGCCCACGCCUUCAGCCUACGUCUCCCGGGACACGCCCCCUACCCCCAGCCUGAGCACGCCCACCCUCUCGCCCUCGCGCGUCGGAUCGCCAGCGAGGGAGGACGAACGCCUGACCGCGAGCCUCAAGCACAUCCAAGAGGUGAAGCAGAAGGUGCAGAAGGACCCUGGCUUCGUGGACCGGCGGCAAAGCGACCUCCCGCAGCUCACGUGGGAAGUGCCGCGCUACAGGGACGUGCGGGAGGCCGAAGAAGGGGAGGAGAGAGGGAAGAGAGGCGAUAAAGGAGAUGGGGAUAAAGGAGAAGGAAGGAAGAGAGAAGAUGAGAAGGACAGCGAGGAGACGGCGCAGCAAAGAACAUGGCGGCUCGUCGGACGUGACCUGCGGAAGUUGGGGGACCAGUUCGCGCUCAAGCAUGCUCAGAGGGUUGACGCCAAACCGAACAACAACGGCUACAUGAGCUCCGCAGUUCCGCUGACGUUCACUAGAUGUCUCUCAGCCUCCAUCCUGUGCUUGGUGUGGUGGCGCCUCCUCAACAAACUCCGCUGAUCGAAAAAGAAAAAAGGAGAGGAAAAGAAGGAUGAGGAACCGAGAACGAUGAAUUGGGAAAAGAAGAAAGGAAUCAAAAGGAAAUGAAGAAAGAAAAGGAGGGACAAGCAGGAGAAAAA